AUGUCUAUAUCGUCACGACAGUCCACACUUAAUUCUUUCGUUCCAUUGACCGUCAGGAACAGCACCCGACGGGCUGGAACAGCAAGGCCCACAACCACAGCCACCAGUGUCGCCUCUCAGGACAUUGUCUGUGCUGUCAGUGAAUCACGAGGAGUAUCAUCCACCGUUGGGCUGGCAUUCGUGAACCUCGCCACUGCUGAGGUGGUUCUGUGCCAGAUUUGUGACAGUCAGACGUACGUCAAGACUGUUACCAAAAUUGGCGUCUUCGAACCCAGUGACAUCCUGUUCAUGAGUACUGCCAAGGACUCCAAGUUGCACUACAUCAUCGCAGAGAACCUGCGCGAACCAACUCUCACCUUUGUGGAUCGAAGGUGCUGGUCAGAUAAGGCUGGUCACGAAUACCUUGAUCGUCUUGCUUUCCCGGAUGAGGUCGAUUCUCUGAAGGUGACACUGGGAGGAAACUACUUUGCAGCGUGCUCAUUUGCGGCGGCUCUCAAGUAUAUCGAGUUUGAACUGCAACGUAUCUUCGCCUCCCACUCUCUACGGAUCAAGUUUGAACCCUCGCAAGGCUCAAUGACCAUCGAUCUGGCCACGAUUGUUUCUCUCGAACUCAUUCAAAAUCUCCACAAUGCCAAAUCCAAAGAUAGCUUGUAUGGCUUACUCAAUGAAACCACAACGCCGAUGGGAGCCAGACUACUCCGAGCCAACAUCGUUCAGCCUUCCACCGAAAGGGUCAAAUUGACCGCGAGAUACAAUGCGGUGGAGGAUUUGUCCACAAAGGAAGACAUGUUCGUAUCUGUCCGCCAGUCUUUGAAGGGAUUCCUCGAUGCAGAUAAAGUCUUGACAUCGAUCAUCCUUGUGCCUACCAAGCGAACAGCCCAGUAUAUCGAGCAGUCUGUCAACCAUGUCAUCAUGCUCAAAAUCUAUGUAUCGUCCAUCAAGAAGGUGUAUCAGGCGCUCGGUGCGGCACAGAGCGAGAUUCUGACUACUAUUCGAACAUUGUGUCAGCCUGCGGGCCAUCGCGCCGUUGAGGAACUCAUCGAGAAAACAAUAAAUGAAAACAUCAAAUACCAAACCAAGCCCCUCGAUCUUCGCAAUCAACGGAUCUACUGUGUGAAGGCCGGCGUCAGUAGUCUUCUGGAUGUUGCGAGGCAAACUUACAAGGAGGCUAAUGCCGAUGCAGCAGAAUUGGUAACCAAGCUGGAAGAAGCCUUUGAUAUGACUCUGGAUCUCAAGUUCGACACCGCACGCCAAUACUACAUCUGCAUUCCAAUAGGAAAUCCAGAAACACUUCCUGAUAUCUUCAUCAAUGUCCAUCGCAAAAAGAAUCGGAUCGAGUGCCAAACUCUGGAUUUAGUCAAACUAAACCAGAAGAUCACCGAUGCGCACAACGAAGUGAUCAACAUGAGCGACCAGACAGUUCAAGGCCUACUCCACGAAGUAUGCGCCGACGUCGCAGGACUCUUUCGUAUCAGUGAGGCAAUCGCAAUGCUGGACAUGCUAGCAGCCUUUGCACAACUCGCAACAAGCCACGAUUAUAUCCGUCCCGAGCUCAUGGCUAGUUUGGUUAUCAGGGCUGGACGCCAUCCUAUCCGAGAACGGAUUCAUUCCCACAAGUUCAUUCCGAACGAUGCCUGUGCCACGCCACAAACUCGACUUCAGAUCAUCACCGGGUGCAACAUGAGCGGCAAAUCAACAUACAUCCGAUCCCUCGCUCUCAUGACCGUAAUGGCACAGAUUGGAUGCUUUGUUCCAGCACAAUACGCCUCGUUCCCAAUCGUUCACCAACUCUUUGCCCGUGUAGCCACCAGUGACGAUCUCGACGCGAAUGUUUCUACUUUCGCCGCAGAAAUGCGAGAGAUGGCAUUCAUCCUGCGACAUGUCCAGCCUCGAGCCAUGGUCCUAGUUGACGAACUUGGGCGCGGCACCAGUACGACCGACGGUCUCGCGAUCGCCAUCGCACUGGCCGAGGCCCUUCUCGCCAGUAAUGCAUUAGUAUGGUUCGCCACACACUUUCAUGACCUCGCGCGCAUUCUCUCAGAACAAAGCGGUGUCAUAAAUCUCCAUUUGGCAGCCGAUAUCACCCCCUAUGCGAACAAGAUGACGAUGCUAUACCAGAUCGCCGAAGGACCCGUUCCGGACCGUCGAUAUGGCCUUGAGCUGGCGAAGUUAGUAGACCUCCCACCUGCAGUACUACAGGUAGCCAGAACCGUCUCCGAGUCAAUGGAUCGCCUCACUCAGCGUCGGAACAGCCCUUCGCGUGCCGUGGCCAUAGCUCGGAAACGUAAGUUGCUUCUCACUUUGCGAGAGGAGCUUAUACUCGCUCGAAAUGGCACUAUGGAUAGCGUAUCUCUUCGUCAACAUCUCGUCAAGCUCCAGGAUGAAAUUGUGUUGCGCAUGGCUGCAAUCGAUGAGAAGGUGAAUCUGGAAACUGGUUCUGAUUCUGAGAUCUUGGACGUCCAACAAAAAAGGAACGAGAAUGGUUCUCAGGCGGACUGCACUGCUCGGACUUCCCGCACCGAUAGGGCAUCUGAGAGGAAUUCGACUAGAAAUCCCUUGCCUUCGGAUCAUUUGCUGGUCGAUUCCGAUUCGGAGCCUGACUCUGUCGGACAUGACAGUGUUGUGUUGGUGUGA